AUGGCGGCACUGGCCAGUAGCCUGAUCCGGCAGAAGCGGGAGGUCCGCGAGCCCGGGGGCAGCCGGCCCGUGUCGGCGCAGCGGCGCGUGUGUCCCCGCGGCACCAAGUCCCUUUGCCAGAAGCAGCUGCUCAUCCUGCUGUCCAAGGUGCGACUGUGCGGGGGGCGGCCCGCGCGGACAGACCGCGGCCCGGAACCUCAGCUCAAAGGCAUCGUCACCAAACUGUUCUGCCGCCAGGGUUUCUACCUCCAGGCGAAUCCCGACGGGAGCAUCCAGGGCACCCCAGAGGACACCAGCUCUUUCACCCACUUCAACCUGAUCCCUGUGGGGCUGCGAGUAGUCACCAUCCAGAGUGCCAAGCUGGGUCACUACAUGGCCAUGAAUGCUGAGGGGCUGCUCUACAGCUCGCCGCAUUUCACAGCUGAGUGUCGCUUUAAGGAGUGCGUCUUUGAGAAUUACUAUGUCCUGUACGCCUCUGCUCUCUAUCGCCAGCGCCGUUCUGGACGGGCCUGGUACCUGGGCCUGGAUAAGGAGGGCCGAGUCAUGAAGGGAAAUCGAGUCAAGAAGACCAAGGCAGCUGCCCACUUUGUGCCCAAGCUCCUGGAGGUGGCCAUGUACCGGGAGCCUUCUCUCCACAGUGUCCCUGAGACCUCCCCUUCCAGUCCCCCUGCCCCCUGA